AAAGCUUUAAUGAUGAUGUUUUUCUCCAAUUUUCCAUUCUCAUGGAUUCACCAUUCUUUGAUCACCCUAGCACUCAAUAUUAUCAUUGUUUUACUUGCAAUAUAUGUUCCUGAUAUUAGAAAUGUAUUUGGUGUAGUUGGUGCCAGUACAUCAACAUGUUUGAUUUUUGUAUUCCCAGGACUAUUUUAUCUUAAACUUAGCACAGAGGAUUUACUCUCAUGGAGAAAGCUUGGAGCUUUUGUGUUGCUCAUCUUUGGAAUUUUUGUUGGGAAUUUUAGUUUAGCACUCAUCAUUUUUGACUGGAUUAAUAAAUGAAAUAUUUUUCUA